UUGAUUUUAUUCUAUUUGAUAAUUAUGUAAUAUAAUAUAUAAAAAAUUACUAUAAUUGAAGGUAAUAUUUUGCAAAACCUACUUCCGUAUUUUGGAACACACCUGUAGUUUUGUCUCACUUGGUUUUAUGUGUUUUGCACAAAUCGGUUUUUAAUUUUCUGCCUUCUAUAUUUUUCUGUUGUAAAUAUGUAUGUUCAAAUAUUUUAUAGUUUAAUUUUACUUCGUUUAAAAAAAUGGAUGCCAAGUUUUAUAUAUUCAAACUAUACUAAGAGCUUUCAAAAGGAAAGUCUCUCGUAGGAAACCAUGUGCUGAUAUCAUAAUCUACAGGCUGAAUUAUUUCAUUUUAUUUUAAUUUAACAAUCAUGUUAUGUGGUUGCGAACGAUAAAAUUUACGAAAAAAAUGUAACUGGUGCUACUAAAAUUGUUAAUCAAAGAGAAAUGUCUAACGGAUACUAUUCAAAAUGGCCGCCGCGCACAGUUAAAUAGAACGCGACCUUUCAGUCACUUCGUACGAGUAAAAGAGUGCACACAAAUAUUUUCAGUUAUAAAGAAUUUUUAUACAAAUUGCCUUUAACUAAUUCAAUUCUUCAUUUUUGUUCUGAUUAUUUCCAAUUUGCACACAAAAUACAAAUACAAUAUAGCAAACCAUGCUUAAGUGUUCGGUUAAUUCUGUAGGCUGAGCAAAAAGUAAAUCGCCAGAAUUAGAAACGACGAGAAGACGCCGCAAAAGAAGCAACAGCGAACUGUUUUGUUGAGUGUAUAUGCACGAAGAAUUAAAAUUAACUACUAAAAUACUAGCAAGUGAAAAUAACGUUAAAAUUUAACACAUAAGCGGAUUCAAAUUGAAAUAAAAAUUAACAUACAUACUUACAUACAUACAUUAGUAGCAAAUAUUGAAACCAACUAAACAAAUAGUGUGUUCAAACACAAGCAAUCAGCAAAUUAUUGCAAGGACGACUGCUGACGUACGUUAAAGAAACAAUAUUUUCACCUUUAACCAACCGAAAAGUCUCGCCAAAAAAGAAUAACGAAACAGGAGUAAUUGUAGGAGUAACGACUAGCUCACUACCCAAAGAAGUAAGAAAAUUAUUACUAGCCUACGAAAAGCGCGUUUAAACAAAAGAAAAGUAGGCGGAAAAAGGAAACGAUGCAUGGUAACAAAGCAAAUGCAGAAAGAACGAGUACGCAGUUUUCAUAUACAUACAUAUUUUUUUAUAUUACGCCAGUUUAUUCAUAUAAAUAUUUAAAGAAAAUAUUAACAUUAUAUAUAUAUUUUUAAUUAGCCUACAUGAUAUUGAAAAUAGUUUGUUUUUAUAUAAAUAAUAACGGAAGAUCCCGUUCUAUUGUAAUUAAAAAGGACAAAAUGCAGAAAUAACACAAUAAUAGCUGAUACUUAGUUGUGUUUAAAAAAAGUAAAUAAAGCAAACCACAAGUACUAUAUAUGUAUACGCAAAUGUACACCUAACAACUAACCUGCAAAACUCGUUUUGACUACACUGCUCUUAAAACUGUCACUUCUUUCUUUUGAAUGUGUGCCUAGCUGAUGGUGUUAAAGUAAACAAAGUUAUUUUGUUUUUAAUCUGGCAGCUCUUUAAUUUUCAAUUGGAAAAGAAAGCGGAAACAUUAAUUGGCAAGUCUGUCGCAAGUUUGCUUUAAUCGCGUAUCCUACUUCCGUUCAAGUGCUUAACAAAUUUGUUUAGAAGGAAAAAUUAAAAAAUUUAAUAAAAAGUGUUUUUUUGUGUUAUUUACGUUAAAAAUGUAAUAUAUUUGGAAUAUGUGAAGUGCGUGAUCGUUUUCAGUCGUUUAAGUAAUAUAAAAUGUGAGUUUUUAAUAAAUAAAAGUGAUUCGGUUAAAGUAAUGUUCACGGGCGUGCAUCUUCAAAAUGGUGGCAUUUAGCUGUAAUUGUAAUUGAUGGCGUUGAAUUUAGGCGUAAUAUCGUCAAGAAAUUUGUUGCUAAUACUCAUUGCAAGUAAUUUCGUGCAAGAAAAACAACUUGUGCACGCCUAUUUAACGAAAAUUGUGUCAGAAAUGAGUAGCUGCACCACGCUGUACGGUUUUCCACAAAUUAAAAGCUUUGGCAUACCCGGCGGCUGUUUGGCAGGUCCUCUGUCUAGCAAAGAUUUCACGCUAGAUGGUAUAAAUGGUUUUGGUAGCAAGAAAAAGAAGAAGAAACGUCGACAUAGUCGUACGAUUUUCACUUCUUAUCAAUUGGAAAAACUCGAAGAGGCCUUCAAAGAAGCACACUAUCCCGAUGUGUAUGCUCGGGAAAUGUUAUCGCUAAAAACCGAGUUACCUGAGGAUCGGAUACAGGUUUGGUUUCAAAACCGCCGCGCGAAAUGGCGCAAAACGGAGAAAUGUUGGGGACGCAGCACAAUCAUGGCCGAGUACGGAUUGUAUGGAGCGAUGGUGCGCCAUUCGUUGCCACUGCCGGAGACCAUCAUCAAAUCGGCUAAGGAGAACGAGUCAGUGGCACCGUGGCUACUAGGUAUGGAGACGGAAAGCAUGCAUCGCAAGUCGAUAGAAGCCCAGCAGACAUUCAAAGACGACUCCGGCGUUAGCGAUCACGAAGAUUCGGCUGGUUCGAAAUCUAAUGACGAAGCGCACCGGCUCAGCUCCUCCACCGAGUCGUUAAAUGUAGUUAGUCCGGGACCGACGCACGAGCGCACGCACAUAUCCUCAAAUGCGACCACACCCACAGCUACCACAGCUUCAUCAUCGUCGCCGCACAUCGAUUUAAGCAGUCCCUCACCGCCGACAUCGCAUACCUCAACAGCAUCGCUGGCAUUACAGCUGUCACCAUUGCAACAACAUCAGCGACAUUUGUUUCAGCAAGCGCUAGUGCCCCCAACCGCACAACCCUCUUACCAUCCGCUCAUGGAUGCGGCCAAUGCCAGCGCUGGUGCGGCGACAAGCAAAGAUUUCCACAUGAUUAUGAACACGGCUGUGGCAGCGGCAGCGGCGGCCGCUGCGGCAAGUAGUGCUGCCACUACUGCUGGUGGUAGUGGUACAGGCGGCGCUGUAAGCGGUUUACAUCAUCAUGGAAAUGGAGCGGCGGCUGCGUACGCAACGCUCGAUCAUGAUCCGGACACAUUUCGCAACAACUCCAUCGCCUGUCUGCGCGCCAAAGCGCAGGAACACCAAGCUCGUCUGCUCAAUAGUGGUCUCUUCUUGCAGGUGCGUUCCUUCGCCGGUUUUCAAGCCAACAGCAAUGCGUCGAGCGUCAGCCAUGCCGCUAGCAGUCGCGCUGCUAAUAACAACAAAAGCAAUAACAACAAUGAUUUCAUAAAAAUUGUAGAAGACGUGAGUGUAGGCCAAAGCUCACCUGUAAAUUUUGGUGGCAUUUGUAAUGCAGAUGGCAGCGGGCACAACAACAACAAUAUUGAAUUCUGCUUGCCGAUCGCAAGUGCUUUGCAACAGCAGCAGCAGCACCAGCAACAAUUGAAGUUGGAGCGCAUGUCUUGUGAUCUGUAGCACUAAAAUGCAAUUAGCAUGCAUCAAAACAUCAAGCCAAAAACAACAAAAAUAUUAACGAAUUUAUUUAUAAAUUAAACUUUACAAAUUAUAAUAAUUGAAACAAAAAAUUUUAAGCUAAUAUGUAUAUUUAAGGAAAAAUAUAUGUAUAAAUAAAUUUAGGGAUUAACAAUUUAAAACAAUGUAAAAAUUGUGGAAAUAUUUAUAAAAAUUAUUUUUAUCAUGGUUAAUUUCUUUCAUAAUAUGCAUAAACAAGCUCGUA